AUGGCGAGAAUUCCAUUGUCAUCGAAAGCAAGUUUAAGAAAAAUAUCAUCCUUGCCAAUAAAUGUUUACAUCAUAGAAGAACAUCACGAAGCGAUUCCGUAUUGGUUUGAGAGUAGUGCUGGAAAUUUAACAGAGAAGAAAGGACUAACUCUUAUCCACAUCGAUGGGCAUAGUGAUAUGGGACUGCCUCAGUACUUCAGGAAGUUUCCGUACAUGCGAUGGCCGAAGAAUCGCAAAGAACUAGACUACUACAUGCAGGCUAACGACCAAUUUAUCUUGUCGGCUGCUAUGUCAGGUAUAUUCAGCAAGGUGGUUUGGGUCUGGCCACGCUGGGAUCAGAAGAACCACGAGAGCGAAUCACGUGAAGUGGUCCAAAUUAGCAUAGGGUGGCUAAUGGUGGAUACCGCGAUACCCAAAAUUAAGCGAAAGACGUUCUGCCUCUGCUACCAUAGAGUGAAUGACAUUCAAAAGACCUCCAGUGGUAGUAAAAAGAGAGAAGAUGUCAAUUGUCGACGAUUACCGACAGCUUUAGAGAACGAAGAUGACUUCCCUGAAGGUGUAAAAAUUGAUUUCAAAACGUGUAAAUCAAAAAAGACAUUCAUUUACGAAGAGAUUAGAGAAGAUCUUGCACCAGACAUUUUCAGGCGGAAAGGAAAUGAAUAUAGAGAAAACGGAGUCAUUCUGGACAUCGACGAAGACUUCUUUGGUUGCACGUAUGCUUCCCAGAUUAUGCUUGAUGCUGGCAUCACUGAAGAAGAAUUUCGAUAUAUUAAUGAAAUCCUCGGUCGUAUAUUUUGUCCAAAUAACGCCAAAGAGGAAACAGCAACGGACAAUAUUCUGAUGAAGGUUUUGGACGAUAUCAUAUUAUCUGAUUGUUUUGCGCAAGACGUAAAGGGAGACGAUUGCCAGAAAAAAGAAGUGUCAAUUUAUGAGAAGUACAUACAAACACUUAAUAAAGACAACGAAAAUUUACUUUGUAGAAAUACAUUUAAGCAAGACUGGAACAAGAAAGAACUUGUGCUGCUUCUACAGAGCAUCAUGAAGAAGAGCCUGACUCAAAUCAUGGCCAUCAAACAUGUCGGAUUUUGUUCCACAACGUCAACAGCACGUGGUCUGGACAUGACCAAAUCAUCUGAAUUUAACAUCUGUAUAGGCGCCAAUACUCCGAAUAGGUCAAUGAUUAUCGAACAUCAUACUAAUUUAUAUGAAAUUAGGCAACGGACCAUGGUUCUGGAAGAAAUCUUUGAGACACUAAAGCCUAGUCUCCUACCGUCGAUGAUUACAUUAUGUAGGUCAUCGCGUGAUGGAUAUGUUCCCAGAGAACUGCAGAAUCUUAUAGAGGGUAACAUAAUAGAAAGUUUCAAAUCACUAUCACCAACAAAACUGAACUACGAUACUGAAUUGUUGGGUGGGAGAGAAGGUUGGUUAAAAUCGAGAGGAUUUUGGUAUGUACGAUAGAGGCGAUUGUACAUAUAAUAAUGUCUUUUAGUCAUUAAGAAAUUUGUCUAGAAAGUUGUGUGUUUAGUUAUAUAUGCACAUGUAUAAUAACAACCUUUGUAGCUAUAGGCCCUUAAAAAUUGAAUUAAAUGAGGACUAUUAUCUUCGUUUAUUUCAUAAAGUAAACCUUGUUAUGUCCAAUAAUAUGUCUCGAAUAUUUACAGUCAUUUGGAUCUAAAAUGACGGGAUUAACUAAUUUUUCAUCUAAUUGCUAAUUUUUGUGAACGUUUUUCUGUCUGAAAUAUUGAGUGCAGCUUAGGACAAACACAAUUUUUCUAUUAUAUACAUUUAUUGGAAAAAUAAAUCUAUGGUAUGAAUACAAGUUUGUGCAAGAAGGAAACCUGCAUGAAAAAUAACGAUUUUCUAUGAAAAUAGCUGCAAAACCUCGUUUUUGAUGUCAUUUUUCCGAAUGGGUGACGUUUUGAUUAAACUGAGAAUAAUAACCGAGUUGUAUUGACACUUUUGUAUCCAAAAUGCAAACUCAACUACAUCUUUCUUUUUAGAUAUAUUUAGAUAACUCCACAUUUAAACCUCACACAUCGUCGGAUAUCCAUAUUCUUCGUUUGUGAUACAGAGCUGAACGAAGGGUAAUCAACGAUGGGUAUCCAACGAUGAACCCGACGUUGUAAACAUUUUAUUUUCAAUUUUAAUUCAAUGGGUUUUAAACUGUACAGUCAUAUAUUUGGAAUUGUUUGUGAACAAUCAAAAAUUAAAAUCAAUAUGGCAGA